CGUAGUUUAAAACCAGAAAGGAACUUCCUGUUUAGCUGUCAAGCUAGCUACAUACUCGAGAGUGAGUUUUCUGUAAAAAGGGAUGAGGUAUCCUGAAGAAAUAACAACUGCUCAAUGAAACUGGAUUAGAAAUUCAGACAAAAUGAGUUGGAUGCCUUUCAAGAUCGGACAGCCGAAGAAGCAGAUCGUCUCCAAAACGGUUGAAAGAGACUUCGAACGAGAGUAUGACAAGCUCCAAAAGUUGGAGGACCAGACAAAGAAGCUUCAUAAAGACAUGAAGAAGAGCACCGAGGCUGAUAUAGCCAUGUCAAAGGCAGCAGUGAAGAUCUCAGGGGACCUGUUGGCUAACCCUCUGUGUGAGCAGGACCAGGGCUUCCUGGACUCCAUGACGGCUCUGGACACGGCCAUGCGCAGGAUGGACUCCUUCAACCUGGAGAAGGUGAACCAGAUCCAGAAAACUGUAAUCGACCCUCUGAAGAAGUACAGCAGUGUGUUUCCUAGCCUCAACAUGGCCGUGAAGCGACGAGAGCAGGCGCUCCAGGACUACAAGAGACUGCAGUCCAAGGUGGAGAAGUACGAGGAGAAGGAGAAGACAGGCCCCAACAUGGUCAAGCUCCAUCAGGCUAAAGACGAGCUGAGGCCGGUCAGGGACGACUUCGAAGCCAAGAACAAGCAGCUGCUGGACGAGAUGCCCAAGUUCUACGACAGCCGCAUCGACUACUUCCAGCCCAGCUUCGAGGCUCUCAUUAGGGCGCAGGUGGUGUACUUCACGGAGAUGCACAAGAUCUUCAGUGACCUGACGGAGCAGAUCGACCAGGCCGGGCUGACAGACGAGCAGAGGGAGCGGGAGAACGAGGCCAGGCUGGGCGAGCUGCGGGCUCUCUCUAUCGUGGCCGACGACUGAGAGGAGGAGGGGGGGGGAGGGGGCGGGGGGGAGAGGGCGAGGUGACCGCCCUGGACCGACCGCCCCUUCAGGACCUCCUCACGGUUCAAACAGGACAGCUGUGGUCAUGACCAGUUUGAUUUCGAUUUUUUCUUUUUUGGGGGGGA